CAUGCCUGGUUAGCAUAUUUCUGUGGCUGUCUGUAAUAAACACUUACCAUGGAGGGGAGAAACGAGAAGUUGUUCUCCAGGAAAAGAAGUUUCACAUUCGGAGCUUACGGAGGGAUUGACAAGUUCAUCACUGGAAAUGAGAGCAGCUGUGCAGAAUCUGUGGGUCACAGCAUACUGGAUAUUUUGGAUUCCCCCUCCAGUGAGGCUAAGCCACUCACUUCUGCACCGUCCAGUCAGAAGGUCACAGAGUUGUUUGCAAUCAUUGAAAAGCUACAAGGUAGCAGAUUGGAUGAACAGCGUUGUGAGUUCCCACCACCUCUGAGGUCUAUUCCCACCACAGAAUACUUUUAA